AGUCGCAGAAAGGGAGGGGCGGGCAAAUGGGGCAGCGGCUUUCCAGGUUUGGGGUAGGUGGGAGCAUGGGCUUAGAAGCCGGAAGUGGGUUGACGUAGCCCGGAAGGGGAAUACUUCCAAGUUGUAGUGUUGAUGUUUUCAGCCUGCUGCUGCUGCUGCUGUUGCGGCUAGGGGAACCGUCGUGGGGAAGGAUGGUGUGCGAAAAAUGUGAAAAGAAACUUGGUACUGUUAUCACUCCAGAUACGUGGAAAGAUGGUGCUAGGAAUACCACAGAAAGUGGUGGAAGAAAGCUGAAUGAAAAUAAAGCUUUGACUUCAAAAAAAGCAAGAUUUGAUCCAUAUGGAAAGAAUAAGUUCUCCACUUGCAGAAUUUGUAAAAGUUCUGUGCACCAACCAGGUUCUCAUUACUGCCAGGGCUGUGCCUACAAAAAAGGCAUCUGUGCGAUGUGUGGAAAAAAGGUUUUGGAUACCAAAAACUACAAGCAAACAUCUGUCUAGAUGUAUUGGUGGAAUUUCUGGCUUUCUAAAUGAUUUUACUUUCUGCCUUGAAUUUUCAAGGCAUAGAUGUCAACUUAUAGUAUAACAUUUUAAGACGAUUAAGUAUAAACCAGAGAAUUUGAUUGUUAUUCAUUUUGCUCUCAUGUUCUAAACAGCAACAGUGUAACUAGUCUUUUGCUGUAAAUGGUUAUUUUCCUUAUAAGCAUUUUAAGAACUAAGUGGCAAAUUCCAUGAAAAUAUUUCUCAGUUCUGUAUGCACUUUUAUUUAACAUUAUUCGUAUAAUUCUCCCCCCCCCCACUUUAUUUAUAGAUACUGCAAAAGUAAGAAGAUAAUAGAUAUUUUGCUCUGAAUUUGGCAUCCAGAUUUAACAUUUCUCCCCUCACUCUCUUACUGGUGUCAUAGUUAUUAGAAUCAGCAGCCUGUUAACUAAUUGCAGUUUCAUAGGAUAUAUAAAUGUUUCAAGCCAUUAUUGCUGAAUGGUUCUUUAGUUAUUAACCUAGACCCAAAUCAAAGACCAGUUGGAUUUACGAUAUUGUUUAUUUGUUCUUGCAGCCAAAGUGCCAGUUCCUUUAAUAUGUGACCAAGAACACAAGGAGCAUCCAUAUGUCCAAAUAAAUACACUGAAUUUUAGAAAAACAUAUUACUUUGAAUUCAAAUUGUCGUGAAAACCAGAACAGUGUUUGUCCAUGUUGCAUGUAAUGAAAAUAAAUCCCUACUCUGAGAAAAGCUCUUUGAAGCAAAAACCAAACUUUUUUUUUUUUUUUUUUACCUCCUGUCUUGCCCCCUGAAAGAAAUAAAUAAAGCAAACAUCUUGACUCUCCCUUUUUAAAA